AUGGAGGGCACGGGGAUGAUUACCGGAGUUCCUGUGCGUCAGGAAGGCAGGAAGCUGUGGCAGUAUCUUGCAGCUAUCUCUGCCUGCUUUAUGGCGCUCGCCGUUGGUACCGCUUUGGCUUGGACGUCUCCCGUUUUACCCCAGCUGUACGAGAAGGGCUCUUGGCUGGUCAUCACCAAGGAACAGGGUUCCUGGGUGAGCUCGUUGCUGGCCUUGGGCGCAAUAUUGGGCGCUGUCCCAUCCGGACCGAUGGCCGACAAACUCGGCCGGAAGAAAACGCUUCUUCUGCUGGCCGCUCCGUUUCUCCUGUCCUGGGUGAUCAUCAUAUUCGCCUACAAAUUGUGGCUGAUCUACCUGGCUAGGUUUAUAAUCGGUGCCGCUGUGGGAGCAGCCUGCGUCGUCGUGCCAACUUACAUCUCCGAAAUCGCGGAGACUUCGACUCGGGGCUCGCUCGGUGCUAUGUUUCAAUUGUUUAUCACAGUCGGGAUCUUGCUGGCCUUUGUACUCGGUGCCGUAAUGAAUUACACGACGUUCGGUAUAGUCUGCGCCCUCAUAGAGGUCGGUUUCUUGGGCUGUUUUGUGUUCAUGCCGGAGUCGCCUAUUUGGUUGGUGAACCAAGGACGAAAACCGGAAGCUACGAUAGCGAUGUCGGUCCUCCGAGGAGAUUUUUAUGAUCCAUCGGAGGAACUCGCGGAAGCGCAGCAAGAAGCCGAGCAAGCAGCAUCGAGGAAAUCGACCGUGUUCGAUCUUAUACGAACCCCAGCAGCCAGAAAAGCUUUGCUGGCUUCGUUGGGCGGCAUGUUCUUUCAGCAACUGUCCGGCAUAAACGCGGUGAUCUUCUAUACGGUUACUAUAUUCCAGGCAUCCGGAAGCUCAAUGCAGCCGGAAGUCGCCUCUAUAAUCGUGGCGAUCGUUCAGAUGAUUACGACAGGCAUAGCAGCGAUGAUCGUGGAUCGUGCAGGAAGAAAACCGCUCCUAAUAUUUUCCUCGAGUGUUAUGAUGGUUAGUCUGGUGGCUCUCGGUUUGUAUUUCAAUCUUAAGACGAAUGGAAGUGAUGUCAGUAAUCUCGGUUGGCUACCACUCACAUCCUUGACGUUAUUCAUGAUCGCCUUUUCCAUCGGAAUGGGCCCGAUACCAUGGAUGCUGAUGGGUGAAGUGUUUCCCGCGGAAACCAAGGCGGUCGCUUCCGGUAUCGCCGUGAUGCUGAACUGGUUCCUGGUGUUCUUAGUGACGAAGACCUUUCCCACGAUGAACGAAGGCUUGGGCGCGGACGUCACUUUUUGGAUCUUCGCUGCGGUCAUGGCAAUCGGCACCGCGUUUACGUAUUUUUUCAUACCGGAAACCAAAGGGAAAACAUCCCAGGAGAUUCAAGAGGAGUUACAAGGCAACAUACAAUUAAAGAGGACAAACGCCUAAAUUAGAAUGAAAAAUUUAUCAUCUACUUGUAGCAUGACGUACGGACAAACAAUAAAACAAAUUUGUAGUAACAAUACAAGAAAUA